GCUUCUUCUGAUAACUUCAUUGCGACAUUGUCACAAAUUAAAAAAAAAUUAAAACGUCAAAUCACUGAACAUCAAAAUUCAAAAUUUAAUAAACAGACCAUUUUUGUUAAAAAUCCAGUUUUCACACCAUAUCCUUUCUAAAAACAACAGUUCCCCGGGCAAAGAUGAACAAUGUCCUGGCAAAAUUUCGCUCGUCGGCCCCUCGCGUGCAAUGAUCCCCAUCCCAGCGAAGUUCUACUGCACCAGGAAGUUUAAGAAAGUGACGCAUUGCCUUUUCGACUUGGACGGGACCGUAUUGGAUUCCGAGAUUGUUUAUCAAAAAGCCAUCAGGACGAUCUGCGAAAGAUAUGGAAAAACAUACACAAAGGAUCUGGAAAUUCAGUGCUACGGUGCCACGGACCGCGACCUGUCAGAGACCGUGGUGCAGCGGGUGCUGCUGCCGAUUUCCGUGGACGAUUUCGAGCACCAGCUCACAGACCUCGUCGGAAAGGCCGUCGCCAGUGCCCCCUUGCAACCUGGCGCCGAGCGUCUUCUGACACACUUGUAUGACUCCAAGGUGCCGAUAGCGCUGGCCACGAACAGCACCGAGCGUGCCGUUAGGAUCGCCGCACAAGCAAGACCUAAACUCUUCGCGCUUUUUAACCACAAGGUGUGCGCUACGGACCCCGAAGUGGACCGGGGGAAACCCAACCCAGACAUCUACCUCGUCGCUGCCAGCCGAUUUCCGACCAAACCAAAACCUGCACAGUGUAUCGUGUUCGAAGAUUCUGAAAUCGGAGUAAAAGCGGCAGUCGCAGCCGGCAUGCAGGUAGUGAUGAUUCCAGACCGACGCUUAGAUCGUCAAAAGACGCGCCAAGCAACAAUAGUCCUAAGAUCUCUACGAGAAUUUAAACCGGAAGAUUUUGGUCUCCCACCCUUCCCCGAAACACCAGCCAAAGGCAAACCCAUUUCAGCUCGCGUCGAACAAGAAUUUAAAGCAGAAAACACUGAAACUAAGAAGGAUAAACCCAUACAGCCGACUGCUUUGCUUGUUGAAAAUAUAUCCAAGUCGUCGAGAAUAUCUAGAAUAAGGGCACAAAUGUCACUUUUGAUGGACAAAAAACAGCUAGUUGGCAGUCCAGCAGCAUCUAGAUAAAAUUAAAAGUUGUAAGGAUUUUUGUAAAGCUCUUGAUAAGGUUGAGCAUGCUUCUACUGAAAAAAAAAAGGUUUUAAAUGGAAUAUGUGGUAAUCUCCUUCGCCAGAUUAAUUUUAAAUUGACCACAUAAACCUAAUUUAUUGUAGUUAGUACGCUUUAACCGAUGAAAAUUCAACCAUACCUGGUGUAUCUCUGGGUUCAAUACUGGGACCACUAUUGUAAAAAAAUAUCAAUUAUACCAUGCCUUUCUACUAUGUACCCUAAAAUUGUAGGCUUUUGUGUUUGCUGAUGACCUCAAGAUUAACAAAAUCCUUUUUAGUGAUAAAGAUAAUCAACGAAUAAAUAUCGAACAAGACCAUAAAGAACAAAACAUUGACUAAACCAAGAUGGAUGAGUCUAUAUAGCCAACUAAAUUAUGCUUAUUGAAAUAAUGUUCAUGUUAUUAAGCACUUCAAUACUUAAUGAAGCCACAAAUGUCAAUUGAUAGUUGGUUUUCUGGUCAGUAUCUAGUUAAAAUUAAAACCUGAGCUUAACUUUAUGAAAUCCAUUAUAGACUUUAUUAUAUAUGCUCAUUAAAGGUUUACAUAAUACCGUUUUAAAAUUUAAAGUCGUUUUCUUUUAAAAAACGAAUCUUAAUUUCAAAUUACUUUUCGUACAAUGCCUCUUUGAAAUCUUCCUGUCUGCAAAAAGCCUAUAAAAUGAGAACUAUGAACCUAAUGAAAUACAUACAAUUUUAUUUGGAAAGCUAGUUCACUUAUUUGAAAAAUAAUCUAAAACAAAUGAACAUACUCUGUUUUUUGCAAAAUAAGGAUUGUAUAAAGAAAUGAUUAGUGGUUCUUUGAAAAUGAUAUAAUAAUGGUGUAAGACAGGAAGUUUCGCGAAUAGGGUAUAUGGUGUUUGCGUGGUGAACUAUUGGACAUUGUGAUAAGGUUAUUCAACCCUUUAACCUUUUGAACGCCAAGAACACCUAAAGGCGUCGUUACUAGUCGUGCCCACAGCGCCAAGGACAACUGUGACAGUGUCAAAAAUUAAGAAAAAAUGUAACCCUAUCACUCUAUGAAAGAUGGUUCAAAAUACUUGGUACUAAUUAAAAUACCUUGAGGCGUCCUAAUUUUGAUAAGUUAAAUGUUAUAGCAAGUACUUGCUCGCAUCCAUAAUUGCCAAAAAAUGAUUGAUGAUUACCUAAAGUUAAUGUAUGCACCCGGAUCGGUGGGCCAAAUUGGCUACCGAAUGGACACCGCAGAUUAGCCGGGGCAGAGGCAGACCAAAAAAGAGAUGGCGGGAUGACCUCGACGCUUUUUGCAGAGACUGGCGGGAACAUACUUCAAACCGUGAUGAGUGGUGGAAAAAGGAGUCUUUGCCCAGCAGUGGGACACAAAAUAGGCUAUUAAAAAAAAAAAACAAUUUAAACAUAGUUUUUUUUAUAUAUGACUUCGAAUUUAAAAACAACCAAUUUUGACAAGUACAUUCGAUCCGCAUACAUAUCAUAUAUUACGAGUAUACACUUUUACUAUUAGAAGUAUUAGAACAAAUGAAAUUAUUUUUAGAAAAUA